UCGUGGGGAUGGGCCACGUGCUCGGGUGAGACCAGAGUUGGACGGCUUGGCGGACCCUGAAUCGGAGCUCCAUGAAUUCCCUUAUUUCUCCCAAACUUCCCCCUCCCUCCUCCCCCCAGGUGCUGCUGCACGUGCUGUUUGAGCACGCGGCUGGCUACGCGCUGCUGGCGCUGAAGGAAGUGGAGGAGAUAAGCCUGCUGCUGCCCCAGGUGGAAGAAUGUGUGCUGAACAUAGGCAAGUUUCACAGUAUUGUCCGGCUUGUGGCCUUUUCCCCAUUUAAAUCUGCCCACAGCGCUCUAGAGAAUGCUAAUGCUGUAUCUGAAGGCAUUCUCCAUGAGGACCUUCGCCUUUUUUUGGAAACAAACAUGCCUGCUAAGAAAAAGAAAGCUUUGCUGGGUGUUGGGGACCCUAAGAUUGGGGCUGCUAUCCAAGAGGAGUUAGGCUACCCUUGCCAGACUGGAGGUGUUAUUGCUGAAAUCCUCAGAGGAGUUCGCCUGCACUUUCACUCUCUGGUGAAAGGUCUUACUGAGGUUUCAGCUUCCAAGGCCCAACUGGGACUGGGACACAGCUACUCUCGGGCCAAGGUCAAGUUCAAUGUGAAUAGGGUGGACAACAUGAUCAUCCAGUCCAUCAGCCUUCUUGAUCAGCUGGACAAAGACAUCAACACCUUUUCUAUGCGUGUCAGGGAAUGGUAUGGCUAUCAUUUUCCUGAACUGGUAAAGAUUGUUAGUGACAAUGCCACGUAUUGUCGCCUGGCCCGGCUCAUUGGCAAUCGCAAAGAACUGAAUGAGGAGAAACUAGAAGCUCUGGAGGAGCUGACAAUGGACGGAGCCAAGGCCCAGGCUAUCCUAGAUGCUUCUCGGUCUUCCAUGGGCAUGGACAUUUCUCCCAUUGACAUGAUCAAUAUUGAAAGUUUUUCAAAUCGAGUGGUAUCUUUAUCUGAGUAUCGCCAGAGUUUGAACACAUAUCUGCGCUCCAAGAUGGCCCAGGUGGCCCCCAGCCUGUCAGCCCUUAUUGGGGAGGCGGUUGGUGCCCGACUGAUCUCCCAUGCUGGGAGCCUUACAAAUCUGGCCAAGUACCCAGCAUCCACAGUGCAGAUCUUGGGGGCUGAGAAGGCACUGUUCAGAGCCCUGAAGACUCGGGGAAAUACCCCCAAAUAUGGACUCAUAUUCCAUUCAACCUUCAUUGGCCGUGCAGCUGCCAAGAAUAAAGGCAGAAUUUCCCGGUACCUGGCAAACAAAUGCAGCAUUGCAUCCCGGAUCGACUGCUUUUCUGAGGUUCCCACGACUGUGUUUGGAGAGAAGUUACGGGAACAGGUAGAAGAACGCCUAUCAUUCUAUGAGACAGGAGAUCCACCUCGAAAGAAUCUGGAUGUCAUGAAGGAAGCAGUGAAUGAGGCAGGGGAAGUGGUUGCAGAGAUUAGGAGGAAGCAGGCCAAAAAGGAAAAGAAACGCCUGAAAAAAGAGAAGAAGCGCCUGGAGGCUUUGGCAGCAGCAGAAAAUAGCAUUUCUGAGAAUGGACAGGAGACAGAGAAUGGGGAAGAGAAGCCGAAAAAGAAGAGAAAACGGCAGGUGGAAGAGACAGAAGAAGCCCCAGCCCCACAGGAACAGGCCACAUCCCCUAAGCCCAAGAAGAAGAAAAAGCUCAUGUGCCCAGAAGAGGACGGUGUAGCAGACUCACCUAUGCCAGUCAAGAAGAAAAAGAAAAAGGCCCCAAAGAACCUGGAGACUGAGGACUAGGAGUGGCUGUGAACCCAGGACCAAGCUCCUGGGGCUCAGCAUCUAUGGCGAUUUAGCACCCCAUUAACCUCCCUUCCCUCAAUCCCAAUAAAGACAUGAACUCAAGAA